AUGGGUGUGAUCUCCGAGAAGCUAUAUACACAGUUUGCUAGAGUUUGGAUACCUGAUCCUGAGGAAGUUUGGAAGUCAGCAGAGCUGCUGAAAGAUUAUAAACCAGGAGAUAAAGUCCUCCUGCUUCACCUUGAAGAAGGAAAGGAUUUGGAAUAUCGUCUAGAUCCAAAGACUAAGGAACUGCCUCACUUAAGAAACCCUGACAUACUUGUGGGUGAAAAUGACCUCACAGCCCUCAGCUAUCUUCAUGAGCCUGCUGUGCUCCACAAUCUCAGAGUCCGCUUUAUUGACUCCAAACUUAUCUAUACAUAUUGUGGUAUAGUCCUUGUAGCUAUAAAUCCUUAUGAACAGCUGCCUAUUUAUGGAGAAGAUAUUAUUAAUGCAUAUAGUGGUCAGAAUAUGGGUGAUAUGGAUCCACAUAUCUUUGCAGUAGCUGAAGAAGCUUACAAGCAAAUGGCCAGAGAUGAACGAAAUCAGUCCAUCAUCGUAAGUGGAGAGUCUGGGGCAGGGAAAACAGUUUCAGCUAAGUAUGCCAUGCGAUACUUUGCAACUGUAAGUGGUUCUGCCAGUGAAGCCAAUGUUGAGGAAAAGGUCUUGGCCUCCAACCCCAUUAUGGAGUCCAUUGGAAAUGCUAAGACAACCAGGAAUGAUAACAGCAGCCGUUUUGGGAAGUAUAUUGAAAUUGGUUUUGAUAAGAGAUAUCGAAUCAUUGGUGCCAAUAUGAGAACUUACCUUUUAGAGAAAUCCAGAGUGGUAUUCCAGGCAGAAGAGGAGAGAAACUAUCAUAUCUUCUAUCAGCUUUGUGCUUCAGCAAAUUUACCUGAAUUUAAAAUGCUGCGAUUAGGAAAUGCAAAUAACUUUCAUUACACAAAGCAAGGUGGCAGUCCUGUGAUUGAAGGAGUUGAUGAUACCAAGGAGAUGGCACAUACCAGGCAGGCCUGCACUUUGCUAGGAAUUAGUGAGUCUUAUCAGAUGGGAAUUUUCCGAAUACUUGCUGGCAUCCUUCACUUAGGCAAUGUUGCAUUUACAUCUCGGGAUUCAGACAGCUGCACAAUACCUCCCAAGCAUGAACCUCUCAGCAUCUUCUGUGACCUUAUGGGUGUGGACUAUGAAGAGAUGUGUCACUGGCUCUGCCAUCGGAAACUGGCUACCACCACGGAGACAUACAUCAAACCCAUAUCCAAGCUGCAGGCCACAAAUGCCCGUGAUGCUUUGGCCAAGCACAUUUAUGCCAAGCUCUUUAACUGGAUUGUAGAUCAUGUCAAUCAAGCCCUCCAUUCUGCUGUCAAACAGCACUCUUUUAUUGGAGUGCUGGACAUAUAUGGAUUUGAAACAUUUGAAAUAAAUAGUUUUGAACAGUUUUGCAUAAAUUAUGCAAAUGAAAAACUACAGCAACAAUUCAAUAUGCAUGUCUUCAAAUUAGAACAAGAAGAAUAUAUGAAGGAACAAAUUCCAUGGACACUCAUAGAUUUUUAUGAUAAUCAACCUUGCAUUAAUCUUAUAGAAUCUAAACUAGGUAUUCUAGAUUUGCUGGAUGAGGAAUGCAAGAUGCCUAAAGGUACAGAUGACACUUGGGCCCAAAAAUUGUACAACACACAUUUGAACAAAUGUGCACUCUUUGAAAAGCCCCGUCUGUCAAACAAAGCUUUCAUCAUCCAACAUUUUGCUGACAAAGUGGAAUACCAGUGUGAAGGCUUUCUGGAAAAGAAUAAAGACACUGUUUUUGAAGAACAAAUUAAAGUUCUGAAAUCAAGCAAGUUUAAGAUGCUACCAGAACUAUUUCAAGAUGAUGAGAAGGCCAUCAGUCCAACCUCAGCCACCUCGUCAGGGCGCACGCCCCUCACCCGCACUCCUGCCAAGCUGACCAAAGGUAGACCAGGCCAGACAGCCAAAGAGCACAAGAAAACAGUGGGGCACCAGUUCCGAAACUCCCUUCACCUGCUUAUGGAGACCCUCAAUGCCACUACCCCUCACUAUGUGCGCUGUAUUAAGCCCAAUGACUUCAAGUUCCCAUUCACGUUUGAUGAGAAGAGGGCGGUGCAGCAACUGAGAGCGUGUGGUGUCCUGGAAACCAUCCGCAUCAGUGCAGCAGGCUUCCCCUCACGGUGGACUUACCAAGAAUUUUUCAGUCGCUACCGUGUCCUAAUGAAGCAAAAGGAUGUGCUGAGUGACAGAAAGCAAACAUGCAAGAAUGUAUUAGAGAAACUGAUAGCGGACAAGGACAAAUACCAGUUUGGUAAGACAAAGAUCUUUUUCCGUGCUGGUCAAGUAGCCUAUCUAGAAAAAUUGAGGGCGGACAAGCUGAGGGCUGCCUGCAUCCGGAUCCAGAAGACCAUCCGAGGGUGGCUGCUGCGGAAGAAGUACCUGCGCAUGCGGAAGGCGGCCAUCAUUGUGCAGAGAUACGUGCGGGGCUACCAGGCCCGAUGUUAUGCUAAGUUCCUGCGCAGAACCAAGGCAGCAACCAUCAUUCAGAAAUACUGGCGCAUGUACAUAGUCCACAGGAGAUACAAGAUAAAACGAAUGGCCACUAUUGUUCUUCAGUCUUAUUUGCGAGGCUACUUGGCCAGAAAUAGGUACCGCAAGAACAAAGACUACAAAUGCCUCAUGGAGAAACUGACCAAUCUGGAAGGAAUAUACACCUCUGAGACUGAGAAACUACGAAGUGACUUGGAGCGUCUUCAGCUAAGUGAGGAGGAAGCUAAGAUUGCCACUGGACGGGUCCUCAGUCUGCAGGAAGAAAUUGCCAAGCUCCGGAAAGACCUGGAACAAACUCAGUCGGAGAAAAAAUCCAUUGAGGAGCGUGCAGAUAGGUACAAACAGGAAACUGAGCAGCUGGUAUCAAAUCUGAAGGAAGAAAAUACUUUGCUGAAGCAGGAAAAAGAGGCCCUCAAUCAUCUUAUCGUGGAGCAGGCUAAGGAGAUGACAGAGACUAUGGAGAAGAAGUUAGUAGAAGAAACAAAACAACUGGAACUCGAUCUUAAUGAUGAAAGGCUGAGAUAUCAGAACCUUCUGAAUGAGUUCAGUCGCUUAGAAGAACGAUAUGAUGACCUCAAGGAAGAGAUGACUCUGAUGGUAAAUGUGCCUAAGCCUGGACACAAGAGAACAGACUCCACUCAUAGCAGCAAUGAGUCUGAAUACACCUUCAGCUCUGAAAUUGCAGAAACUGAAGAUACGCCAUUGAGGACAGAGGAGCCAAGUGAGAAGAAGGUACCUCUGGACAUGUCAUUGUUCCUCAAGCUCCAGAAGCGGGUCACAGAGCUGGAGCAGGAGAAGCAGGUGAUGCAGGAUGAGCUGGACCGCAAGGAGGAGCAGGUGCUCCGCAGCAAGGCAAAGGAAGAAGAAAGACCACAAAUUAGAGGCGCAGAACUGGAAUAUGAGUCACUCAAGCGCCAAGAGCUUGAAUCAGAAAACAAAAAACUGAAAAAUGAGCUAAAUGAGUUACGCAAGGCACUUAGUGAGAAAAGUGCCCCAGAGGUGACCGCUCCAGGUGCACCAGCCUACCGUGUCCUCAUGGAGCAGCUGACCUCUGUGAGUGAGGAGCUCGAUGUCCGCAAGGAGGAAGUCCUCAUCUUGAGAUCUCAGCUGGUGAGCCAGAAGGAGGCUAUCCAACCCAAGAAUACAAUGACAGAUUCCACAAUACUUUUGGAAGAUGUGCAAAAAAUGAAAGAUAAAGGUGAAAUAGCACAAGCAUACAUUGGUUUGAAAGAAACAAACAGAUCACCUGCUAUGGACUGCCAUGAGUUGAAUGAGGAUGGAGAGCUGUGGCUGGUUUAUGAAGGGUUAAAACAAGCCAACAGGCUCCUGGAAUCCCAGCUCCAGUCACAGAAGAGGAGCCACGAGAAUGAGGCUGAAGCCCUGCGUGGAGAGAUCCAGAGCCUGAAGGAGGAGAACAACCGGCAGCAGCAGCUGCUGGCCCAGAACCUGCAGCUGCCCCCGGAGGCCCGCAUCGAGGCCAGCCUGCAACACGAGAUCACCAGGUUAACCAACGAAAAUUUGUAUUUUGAGGAAUUAUAUGCAGAUGACCCUAAGAAGUAUCAAUCAUACCGGAUUUCACUUUACAAGCGGAUGAUUGAUUUGAUGGAGCAACUUGAAAAACAAGACAAGACUGUUCGAAAACUGAAAAAACAACUGAAAGUAUUUGCCAAAAAAAUUGGUGAACUAGAAGUGGGCCAAAUGGAGAACAUAUCCCCAGGACAGAUCAUUGAUGAACCCAUCCGUCCGGUCAAUAUUCCUAGGAAAGAAAAGGAUUUCCAAGGAAUGCUGGAAUACAAGAAGGAGGAUGAGCAAAAGCUUGUUAAGAACCUGAUUCUGGAACUGAAGCCACGUGGUGUGGCAGUCAAUUUGAUUCCAGGGUUACCAGCGUAUAUCCUGUUUAUGUGUGUUCGACAUGCUGACUACCUGAAUGAUGAUCAGAAAGUAAGGUCAUUGCUAACAUCAACAAUUAACAGCAUCAAAAAAGUAUUAAAGAAAAGAGGUGAUGAUUUUGAAACCGUCUCCUUCUGGCUCUCUAACACAUGCCGAUUUUUGCACUGUUUGAAGCAGUACAGUGGAGAAGAGGGCUUUAUGAAACACAACACGUCUCGCCAGAAUGAACACUGCCUCACCAACUUUGACCUGGCUGAGUACCGGCAGGUGCUAAGUGACUUAGCCAUUCAGAUCUACCAGCAGCUCGUGCGGGUGUUAGAGAACAUCCUUCAGCCAAUGAUCGUCUCUGGCAUGCUGGAGCAUGAAACCAUUCAGGGCGUGUCUGGGGUGAAGCCCACAGGGCUAAGAAAGCGAACCUCCAGCAUCGCUGACGAGGGCACCUAUACACUGGACUCCAUCCUCCGGCAGCUCAACUCCUUCCAUUCAGUCAUGUGUCAGCACGGCAUGGACCCUGAACUGAUCAAGCAGGUGGUCAAACAGAUGUUCUACAUUGUUGGGGCCAUCACCCUGAACAACCUCCUUCUGCGGAAGGACAUGUGCUCCUGGAGUAAAGGCAUGCAGAUCAGGUACAAUGUCAGUCAACUGGAAGAGUGGCUGCGUGACAAGAAUCUGAUGAACAGUGGGGCUAAAGAAACCCUGGAACCUCUCAUUCAGGCUGCGCAGCUUUUGCAAGUGAAAAAGAAGACAGAUGAUGAUGCAGAAGCCAUCUGUUCCAUGUGCAGUGCUUUAACUACUGCCCAGAUUGUCAAAGUGUUGAAUUUGUAUACUCCAGUUAAUGAGUUUGAAGAAAGAGUCUCUGUAUCAUUUAUUCGUACUAUACAGAUGCGUUUACGAGACAGGAAAGACUCUCCUCAGCUGCUCAUGGAUGCUAAACACAUCUUUCCUGUCACCUUUCCUUUUAAUCCAUCCUCCCUCGCACUAGAAACCAUCCAAAUUCCAGCCAGCCUGGGCCUGGGAUUCAUAUCACGGGUCUGA